GUGCCCAUCCAUAGUACUCCUCGUUCAUCAGCUGCUUCUCUUCAUAUUAAGAACUUGUCCACUAUCCUUCAUUCAUCAAAGGAUAUGGCUGGGGUGAGUGUUGGGAUGGGGGCGAUGAACCCCCUCCUCGGCAAGCUCACUGCCUUGCUCAGUGACGAGUACAAUCUGCUCAAGAGCGUCCGCAAGGAGAUCCAGUUCCUUGAGCGCGAGCUCAGCGGCAUGCGAGUCUGGCUGGAGAGACUAGCGGACGUGGAGGAGAAACUCGAUGGCCCGGCAAAGGGUUGGAGAGACAGAGUGCGCGAUCUUAGCUACGACAUAGAAGACUGCAUCGACCGCUUCAUGGACCGCCUUGGAAGCGGAGAUGCCAAACCAAAGUUCAUGAAGAGGACGGCCCGCCGGCUCAAGACUCUGUGGGUGCGCCAUGACAUCGCUACUCAGAUCAAAGAGCUCAAAGCUCGCGUCAUGGAGGAAAGCGAGCGCCGUGACAGGUACAAGCUUGAUGAGAGUUACUACAGUGCAACGAGGGUGGUGGAGAUAGACACGCGGAUGGCUGCCAUCCACGAGGAGGUCAAGGGCUUGGUGGCAAUGGAUGGCCCAAUGAAGCACAUCAUUGCCUUGCUGAUGGAUGAGAGUAAGGAGUUGAAAGUGCUGCCGAUUGUCGGAUCGGGAGGGUUGGGGAAGACAACCCUGGCCAUGGAAGUCUACCGCAAGAUUGGAUCAGGAGGGGACUUCCAGUGCCAAGCUUGUGUGUCCGUGUCGCGCACACUUGAUCUGAUGAAGCUCCUAAAAGAUAUCUUGUCCCAGAUCAAUAAAGAUGCAUACAAAGAAUGUCAGAGUUGGGAAAAGGAACAACUAAUCCGUGAAAUCAAACAGAUCUUGACAGGAAAAAGGUACUUCAUUGUUAUUGAUGACGUAUGGAAAGAACAAGAUUGGAAAUUGGUCAAGGCAGCAUUUCCUGAGAAUAAUAAUGGUAGCAGAGUAAUUGCUACUACACGCAUUACAGGUGUAGCUAAUCUAUGUUGUUCCGUCUCAGAUGAGCAACCCUAUCAAAUGGCACCUCUAGAUGAUGUUGAUUCUCGAAGAUUGUUCUUUAAGAGAAUUUUCUACUCAAAUGAUUCAUGUCCUUCUGAACUGGAAGAAGUUUCUACAAGGAUUUUGCAAAAAUGUGGCGGACUGCCACUGGCUAUAAUUACAUUUGCAAGUUUGCUUGCUAGUAAGACACAUAACAAGGAUGAAUGGGAGAGACUGCAAGACUCCAUUGGUACUGGUUCUUCGUUUGAUAACGAUGGGAACUUAAAAAGGAUGAAAGAUAUAUUGUUACAUAGUUACUUGGAUCUUCCCCACCACCUGAAGACUUGUUUACUGUACUUGUGUAUAUAUCCAGAGGAUUGGAUGAUCGGUAUUAAAUUGUUGAAAUGCAAAUGGAUAGCGGAAGGAUUCAUUGCUACACAAUGGGGAAGUUUGGAUCAAGUAGCACAGAACUGUUUUAAUGAACUCGUUAAUAGAAAUAUGAUUCAGCCAGUUUAUGGUAAUUAUGGCAGUUCGGUGAAAUAUUGUAGGGUCCAUGAUAUGGUGCUUGACCUUAUUAUAUCUUUAUCGGAUGAAGAGAAUUUUGCCACUGUCUUAAAUGGGCGUAUAUGCAAUUCUUUCCCAAAUAAGAUACGUCGUCUGUCCAUGCAAUCUAGUGGCAAAGAGCAUAAAGGAGCAGUUCAGGCCAUUACAGAGACCAAGAUACAUAUUCGCUCAUUGACUCUGUUUGAGCCAAAUAAGCCAAUAGUACCCCAUCUUGUGGACUUCCAUGCUUUGCGGGUGUUGGAUCUUGGACGAUGUGAUUGGUUGGAAAACAAGCAUGUAAAACACAUAGGGAGUUCACGACAACUGAGGUAUUUGCGAAUUUGGGGUUCUAAAAUUACUGAGCUUCCUGGUGAAAUCGGAAAGCUGCAGCACUUAGAGACUCUGGAUUUGAGAGAGUGUUGGUCACUGGUAAGACUGCCAUCAACCGUGGUGCAGUUGCGGAAAUUGGUGCGCCUAUUUGUCAGCUAUACAGCACAAUUACCUGCAAGUGGGUUCCGGAGUCUGCAGGCCUUGGAGGAGUUAAGCUUCGGGGAAACUGACGACCCAGUGAGAUUUGCGGAGGAAGUAAACGAGUCGGGCAAGUGCAACCUUCGCUAUCUUGGUACUGGUGGAGACAUAGCCGAGCGUCUGUUCUGUAAACCAUGCUAUGCAUACCCGUGCCUCCAAGUUCUUAAAAUUCAGUCUGGAAGAAGCCUGAUGGAAAUGGUUCCCAGAGGAAUGGCCUCCCUCAAGAAUCUCGUGAAGCUAUGCAUGGAGGUGAAGAAAUUUGAUAUGGAGGGUCUCCAAGUCCUCAUGGGCAUGCCUUCUCUGGCCAAUCUUCAUCUAUGGGUUAUACAGGUCAUCAAAGAAAAGCUGACCGUGGGUAGUAAUGGAUUGAAACUGCUAAAGGCGUUCCACUUCCAAUAUAUGCCAUCCUCUCAUUUUGUAUCGGAACAAACAGCAAGCGGUGGACUGCGCAUCUCAGAAAAUAAACCAGAUGUAGUGCGUCUAACAUUUGCUCCAGGUGCUGUGCCAGCACUCCGACGCCUCCGUCUUUACUUGAACCCGAUGGAGAUGGCGUCCGACUUUUUUGUAGACUUGGGUGUCCAGCAUCUUUCAGGCCUUGCACAGCUCGAGUUCAAAAUCAAUUGUAACAGAGCAGCUCGAGGCAGGGUGGAGGCCUUGGAGUCUUCCGUUGAAAAAGCAAUCAACCUGCACCCCAACUGUGAAAUCCAUGUCCGCAGAGUCGCUGAAGCUCGCAUGUUUAAGGAUGAAAAGGAGUGGCAAGAGGCCGUCUCAAUGGAAAGAAAGGAGUUGGAAGGAUUCAUUGGUCGGGAGAAUGAGAGACGGGCCAGCAAGAACUAGCUGCCUUAUCCUUGUAAUUCAAAAAUAUUCUGUUCGUGGAUCCAAGUAAAGCCAUGCAUAUGGAGGGAGAGCUACACGGUUGUCCAAUCCAGUCCUACUACUUACUGCAAGUCUGCAACUCAAAUGGUUGGCCACCAGCAUUUGAUUCAGUGUGUAUUCAGAGAGAUGUAUUCGCCAUCCUCCCAUCCUACUGGGUUUUGCUUGAGUAGAACAAACAGUAUGUGUGUAGUUGUGUAACAUCCCUGAAUUCUAUUUAUCUGUCGUCAGGGCAGAACUCUGUUAUUGUUUCCGUUAUGAUUUAAACAAACUGAAUCGAGGAAUGUAUCUGAGCAA